GUGUCGGUCAAGGGCGAGACACUCGCUCGAAAGGAGCAUGAAGCCUGGCAGACGCUCGUGAAGGAGAAAAUAGAGGAGGUGCAGGACAGUGAAUAUCCCGUGUACGAGCUAGUCUCGGCGCACCUUCUCCCCCGCUUACACGAAGAUACCAACUCUCCAUCUCCGGGAGACGACGAGGACCAGCCCCCGUCCCAGGUACCCUCGCAGUCCCGCUAUCACGCGCUCUUCACCUCCCACCACCUCGUCUCGCCGACAAAGCGGCGAUCACUCCAGCAAUGGUCCGCCUCCCUCUCGCUCACCGGCUUCGCGAAGGUCGGCCAUCCGGGCGUGAUUUACUGCGAGGGCGAGCAAGCACAGGUCGAAGAGUUCGUCACAAACGUCAAGGCGAUGCAGUGGCUCGCAUUACGGCUGCGUUUCAUCGAGCCCUUAUCGGAGGAGUUUGUGGGUGCGCAGAGCCCGGACGCUCAGGGGAGACGAUGGAUGGAGUUUGAGAAGGUAGGUGGGGUGGUGGAAGAGAUGCGGAGGCUUGGAAGGGAGAAGUACGUCGUAGAGAUGGGCAUAGGCAGUGCCGUACAAACAUAG